AUGUCCUGCAUCUGCUUGGGUCCCAAGCGGGCGGGUAAAACGCACCUGCUCAAGGCUUUGCAGGAGCCGGAGUCCAUAGAUGAGACCAGCUAUUCAAUGCCCACCAUCGGCACCGGCAUCUUUCGCAUUUAUUUCCCCGAAAAAGCAACCAAUGGCGACAGACCCAAACCGCCGCCACCGUCAACGGAUGCAGCCACUGCAACGCCGCACUCUGGCAAGCACCUGGCCAAAUUCAUUCAGGUGCUCGAAAUCGGUGGCAGCAUGGCGCCUCUGUGGCGUCAGAGUCAAUACUUUGAGGAUGUCAAAAAGCUCAUCUAUGUGGUGGAUGCCUCCAAUCUGUGCCAGAUAUCAGCAGCAGGGGUGCUCUUUUAUUCGAUUCUGACGGAGCCACGUCUGCAGAAGGUAAGGAUUCUAUUGGUGCUGACCAAAAUGGACUACUCCUAUCGACAGAUGCGCAACGAGGCGCUCCUCAUGCUGCAAAUGUCCAAGCUGCAGAAACAGAUACGCCAGCAGGUGACCAUUGUGGAGGCCAGCGCCGUCACCAAAGUGGGUCUAAACACCAUCUACGAUUGGCUCCAGAGACCCUAAAUUGCGAUGAAUAAAUUGAAGAUGACGUUUGAUAUAUUGCUCUUGCAGAGGGUACAUAUAUUAUAUAUUAUUAAAUAAAUAUUAA